AUGGCUAGCGUCGACCUCGAAGCCGCGAUUAAGCAAGAGGAGGAAUACCUACGCAAGGUUCAUCCUACCGUGGACGAUGUUCCUGGGUGCAUGACCCUGUUUGAUGAAUUUCUGCAAUGUCAUGUUCUGGGGACUCAGAUAAAAUCGUUAUACAGAUACGGUCAAAUGUCAGAGUGUGGAGUCAAGAAAGAAGACUUCAAAUUUUGCAUGAGCUUGAAAUUUAUGCAUCCAGAACAGAAACGAGACGCUUGGAUCCGCCGCCGUGCCGAGUGGUGGGCUCACAGACGGCUCGGGAAGAGCAGCGAAAACGUCUGGGAUAUGAGAAAGAGCCCGCUCCCAGACUGGCCCCCAGCCCUUUCGGACAAAGUCCCAGAGAAUGUUGAAACCAUUUCAUGA